GUCACAGAUACGGACGGGAUCGACGAUGCUACAGACCACUCCGCCUCGACGUCAUGCGUACUUGGUUGUAUUGUCCCUGCUCUCCUGUGGGACUUGCAUGCUGGUCUUCUCAGCACCAGACCUGUUUGAUGAUAUCCAUCGCGACUCGUCUACGAACAGUGCCUCGCGUGUAGUUGGUGCAAUUGCAACCUUAAUGUUCGUGCAGGUGGGGCUGACGCCACUGUGUGGCGCGCUAUCCGACGGAUACGGCCGCAAACCCUUGUUCCUUGCCGCUUGCAUCGUCCACACCUCUGUCAUGCUUGCGUUGGCGUGCGUACCAUCCAAGUUUGCGUUUCAAGGGUGCUUCCUCCUCUUCGCGACAUUGAACGCCACUUUUGCCAUGGGGUAUGCCAUGGCAGGUGACUGCAGUCUGAAAGGCCAACUGACCCCUUGCUUUGGGCUUGUCGACGCUGCCUUUGGGGUCGGGGUAACGUCCGGUUUGGUUAUUGGGCGAUUCCUAUCGACAAGGCACUCGGCCAUGCCAUUCGCAGCAGCUACGAUGAUCAAUCUCGCUGGCCUCCUCAUUACCCGGCGUUACGUGUAUGAAACCCUGGACGAUGUCCAUCGAAAGCCCAGCCUGACGGUGAUUUCUGCGUGGAGCGCAUCCUUCCGACUAUGUUGCCGUGAGCCUGCAGUGCUUUCCCUUUUACUUGUCAUAUGUUGCAUGCACAUGUGUGGCACGGUGCACGUCAUCCUGUACUUUUACAUGAACUACCGAUUCGGCUGGCAACUCAAGUCCCAACUCGUGUUUUUCAGCUUUGAAGGGUUCUGCAUUGUAUUCUGCUUGACUGUGGGCCUGAAAGCGUUGUGGCAUCGCCACUGGACCAAUCGCCAGCUCGUCCUCGGGGGCGUCGUCCUUCAGUCAACUUCGUUGGCUGCCUCUGCGUUCAUGACUUCUGGAUGGCAGGUGUACCCAAUCUUCGGGCUGGGGACACUACACAUGACCGCGUUUCCAGCGUUGAGGUCCAUUGCGCACCAGCUUGUGAGUCCCCACGACCGCGGCUGCCUUCACGGACGGCUGGCCUUUGUGACCACCGCCACCAUGGUCAUAGCCGAGCCAGUGGUCAAGCUCAUUGUGCGGAUUUCGAUUGCAGACGACCUUCAAAAGAAGCAUCCUCGUCCAUGCCCCUUGGGGUAUCGCGGCGUGUUGGAUGGGUAUUCGAACUGCGGUGGUAUGCCAGGACUAGUGUUUUCUGCUGCGUCGUGCUUGCUCAUGGUAGUCUUUGCCAUGGCGUACCUCCUGGUGGCUCCUCCAGCGACCCAACGGUUCAAGAUCACGCUUGGACCUCCCGUUCCUCGAAGCGCGUGCAUUGAAGAAAGCUCGAGUUAACAUGGAAAUGUACAUAGUGUUGUUAUGGCUCCAUGACGACGUCUUUCACAUUGGUUGCCUCCUUGGCGAGGUCGACCAAUUGAGCAUCCGACAACUGCCCACCCCACGAUGGAGGAGGCAACGAAAUUUGCUGCAUGGCCUUCUUGAUGGCUUCCUUGUCGUUUUCACUGAAGUUUACUGGGUUCACAGGGGGCGACUGUGGCGCCUUCACAGUUGAUGGCUUUUCCUCGAUGCCGUCGGCGACCUCCCACUCUUCUUCACGCAAGGGCUCGUAUUCAUACUCUUGCGUGUCUUCAUCGUCAGAAUUCAAGCGUUCGCGUUCAAGGUCAUCGUCACACGUGGCGGCAUACGAGCAGAUUGACUGCAAGUCGUCGUACUCCAUCCCGCCAUCUUCCGUGUCGUUGGCAUCCGCAGGGGGCUUUGGUCGAGCAGGAACAAAGUCCAAGUUCACAGGGUUAAUGGGUUUCUGACGCACCACCGCUUGGUACUCUCGCUCCAGCGCAUCUAAUGCAGCAACCCCGGACAUUAUUCUCUUCGAGUGCUUUUGGUAAAUGGGAUUUUGCUGGGUCAAAGUCGCAGGGAAU